AUGGUGCUUCCAUCAGAUCCGCCGAUCGACAUUUGUGCAGGAGCACGCCUCAACCUGAUACCUCCAUCUCUGGAAGAAUGUCACAAGCACUUCACUGAACCUUUCGAAAGAGAUAAAGUGGUCUUUGGUGGUACUACUGGACUCGUGGUCCGUCUUCCCUGUGGCCAUGUGCGCAAACAACCCUACCCAGACGACACGCCACGAGGAAGAGAAAACAGUCUGCAAGAGAUCAAGAGGGAGUGCGACAUCUAUGGCAGGAUCGCCAAUACGCCACAUUUCCUGGAGAUGAUCGAGUUUUCGGAACAGCAUGGCAUCAUACUUCAAGGUGUCGAGGGCCACAAUCUACAUCACUACCUGGAAGAUGAAGACUUCUGCAUCCCAAUAGCUAAGCGCAUGGAAUGGGCACGCGACAUGGCGAUAGCUUUACAUUCACUGCAUGCAGUCAACGUCAUCCAUGCGGAUGUCAAACCCGAGAACAUACUUCUAGAUGAACAAAGCCACAAGGUGUAUCUCGUCGACUUCUCGGGAUCCUGGAUCGAUGGAAGACCUGGCCCUACUGUGGAAAACAUCAGGUUCUUCUUGCCUCGCGACAUAAUGUCGGACUCUACUGUGCAAACAGACAUAUUCGCGUUCGGGUCCACUCUGUAUGAGAUCAUGACAAGCAAACAACCAUACCAUGAUCUUAAUGAUGAAGAAGUGGGAGAACUCUUCAAGCAAGGGAUCUUUCCGAGCUUGGAUUUGGUACCUUGUGGUCAGAUCAUCAAGAAAUGCUGGACAGGGAUGUUCCAGUCUGUCCAAGAUGUUCAGGCGGCACUGCAGGAGGUUCAGGGCUCAUAA